UUAUUCACUGGAUUAAUUUUCAUUACACAUUAGGCACCACUUUAUAGUAUAAGGAAUAUACAAGGUAAAUAUUCUCUAAUUACUCUAAUUGAUUGCUAUCUCCUAUGUAUGGUAAGGUAUAAUCUCGAGCAUAUCUCUUGUGUAAUUAGGAGAAUAUCUCGUGAUCUCCUCAAUCUUCUCCAACAGAUGUUGUUUUUUUUUUGGAUUCACAAGACUAGUAAAUAGUCUUUGAUUGCCUUUUCCAACAUCAACGUAGGCAGUUUUUUCUUCUUAGCACCAAUCACACUUCAAGUAAGUUAAAAUUGAUUCAAAAAGCUUUUCAGUUGGACCUGACUUUGAAUAUGACUCAAGUAACACUGGCUGCUCGUAAUAAAAUACGACUUAAGUAACUUGGGACGGACGAGAUAUUACUUUAGUUUUGAUCGAAACUCAUCGUCGGUUAUAGGCAACAAUAUGUUAGUCAAUCUUGGCUUUACUAUUUUGUCUUUUCCCCUGGAUUAUAGACGCAAUUCUUACGUUAAAUUAUCAAUAAUCAAUUUCACUGAUUUAUAUUGAUUUAUAAGUUGGUUGGAAAAUUCUUUUGUCAAUUAAAACCUCAAUUGCGACACUAUCUUGAGAUGAACUAUUUCAAACAGUUUCUACAUUAUUUGUGAUCAUAACUUAGUCACGCUUCACUUUCUUCAUUUGUCUUUCAAAUUUGCAAGUUGGAUUUCUGCUUAAUUCAAAGUCCAUUCUCUUACUGUCACUGCUCUUGGACCCAUUAAUUGUGAAUAGUCUUUGUCUAUAUUUCCUCCAAAAUUUACUCAUUUCACAUUAUUUUGAAAAAUAAUUGGACCACCACUCCAAGAAACUUACUAUGUGUUUUACAUUUAUUUAGGCUUCCCAAAUAACAUGUUUAUUAUAUCUAAAAUUCUUGUUUUUGUGUUUACUUCAUUAUGCGACUGUAAUCUGUCCUUUUUUGUGUAUGUAAAUAAAUUAUUAAAGCUGACUUGCUGAGCCAUCUGUGCUCAAACUUCAAACACGUUUGAAUCUUUAUUGUUUGAGUUAAUUUAUAUACUCUAAUUAUAUGGAUUUUUGUCUUACCGGUGUCGGGCUUGAAUCGUUUGUAUCAAAGCUGGCCUAUUAUUUUAGAAAUACCAAGCUUCCCUCAUUUUCCAGUGGGGCAACACAGUUUUGGAAAUUCACACCUUGCAUUUGACUUGACUUUGAAAAAAUGUUAUUUUAGAAUCUUUCAGACAUAUUUGUGGAAUACUAUAUUAUUUUAAUUUUGAGUAGAAGGGCAUCUCCUUUUUACUAUAUAAAUACUCUAUAAAUAGGCAAAAUGAAAUAGAGUAGAUAGACAAAAACGUCAGCCAUGAAAAUAGCACACCUUUUUCCCAUAUAUAUUUCUCUCCUUACACUGUGUCUAUGUAUGUGCCCUUCAAGAGCAGCCACAAGUGAAGCAAAGGGUUUGAUGAGAUGGAAAUUCAGCCUAUCAUCUUCUGCUUCUCUCAAGUCUUGGUCCCUCAAUAACAUCAGCAACCACUGCAGAUGGAUUGGCAUUCGCUGCAACGACGAGGGAUCUGUCUCUGGGAUUGAUCUCCCCAAUGCAGAGCUUGCAGGGACAUUGGACCUGUUCCAUUUCACUGCAUUGCUGAAUCUCACCACUUUCAACCUCAACGGGAAUCAUCUCAACGGUUCCGUACCAGCUGCUCUUGGCAACCUCACUAGCCUCAGACUCUUGGACCUCUCCACCAAUAGGUUUUCCGGCGUAAUUCCACCAGAGAUCAGCCGCUUGACAGAGCUUCGAUACCUGAGCUUCUCCGAAAACUCUAUGGUUGGAGAAAUCCCAUAUCAGAUUGGCAAUCUGAGGAAGGUGCGCUUCUUGGAUUUCGGCUCCAAUCACUUUGAAACUCCUGACUGGUCUAGAUUUCCCACUUUCCCUUUCCUAACUCACCUUAAUCUCUAUUACAAUGAACUCACCUCAGAAUUCCCACACUUCAUAACCACUUGUCUCAACCUUACUUUUCUUGAUUUGUCUCAAAACUACUUCACAGGCCGAAUUCCUGAAAUUUUGUUCAGCAAUUUGGUCAAACUUGAAUAUCUUAACCUCACCAGCAAUAGUUUUCAAGGCCCCUUGUCACCAAAAAUCACUAACCUCUCCAAGUUGAAGGAUCUUCGCCUCACUGAAAACCUCUUCUCUGGCAAGAUUCUUGAUUCAGUAAGCCUUAUUCCAAGCCUGCAAAAUCUAGAGAUGUACAAUAAUUCGUUUAUAGGAGAAAUCCCUCCUUCUGUAGGCCUACUCACGAAUCUACUAACUCUAGCCCUUGGAAUGAACAGAUUCAAUUCCUCCAUUCCCCGAGAGAUCGGCCUGUGUAACAAGCUGACCUACUUAGAUUUAUCCCAGAAUUCACUCACGGGGCCAUUGCCGCCAUCCUUGUCAAAUUUGGGCAAUUUAUCUCGGUUGCAACUAUCUGGCAAUAGCCUGACUGGUGAAAUAUUAACCUCUUUCAUCACGAGUUGGAGAAAACUAAUAUUGUUAUUAAUUGGAGACAAUGAAUUCAGUGGGGAACUUCCAUCAGAAAUAGGCUUGCUCACAAACCUCGACUAUCUGUUUCUCUAUAAUAACUCGUUUUCAGGCAGCAUCCCACCAGAGAUAGGAAACCUACAAAAAAUGAGGUGGCUGGACCUUUCAACCAAUAACUUUUCAGGUCCAUUACCAUCCACCAUUGGGAGUCUUACAAAUCUGGAGUUCUUAUAUCUCUCUUUCAACAAAUUAAAUGGUCCAAUACCAUCCACCAUUGGAAAUCGUACAAAUCUGUUGUUCUUAGAUCUCUCUUCCAACAAAUUAAAUGGUGAUCUCCCAUCGUCCCUCUGCAAGUUGUCAAAUCUUCAGUAUCUUCUUCUCUCAAAUAAUACUUUGGAAGGAAGACUGCCACCACAGUGCUUUGCGAACUUCAGCGGAUCUUUGACUAUCUUUCAUCUAAACCAAAAUCAAUUUAGUAGCCUCAUACCAUCUACCUUUUCUAAGAAUUGUAGUCUUAUUUCCAUCAAUUUGGGUAAUAACAAAUUCCAUGGACGAUUACCUAAAUCCUUAGUCAAUUGCCGAAGUCUAAGGGGUCUCGACAUUAGAAAUAAUAGAUUACAAGAUGAAUUUCCCUUUUGGAUGGAACGCCUUCCCAAGCUUAAAGUGCUAGUGUUGAAGUCUAACAAGUUUGAUGGCAACUUAUCACUUCCUUCGCCUACCAAACUUCCAUUUCCUAUGUUACAAGUUCUAGAUAUAUCUCAUAAUGCAUUUGUAGGCUCUCUACCUGAAAGAUAUUUCAUGAAUUUCAGAGCAAUGAUAGAGGAAAACCAAAGAGAGGACACAGGGAGUUCCUACGACGAAGAUGACCAGUAUCGAAGAUUUGUGGAUAUGAUAGUCACUUUGAAAGGUCAGGAUCAGUUGUUGAAUAGACUACUUGAUACCUUCACAACAAUUGAUUUAUCCUCCAAUAGUUUCUCCGGAACUAUUCCACCUUCCAUAGGAAAUCUUAAGAUUCUCAAAUACUUGAACCUAUCCCACAAUAGCCUCACAGGACAUAUACCUUCAUCUCUUGGAAACAUGAGCCAACUAGAAUCGUUGGAUUUGUCAACAAACAAAUUGGAUGGAGAAAUUCCAAGUGAAUUGACAAGGUUGACAUUUCUUGCGAAAUUAAACCUUUCAAUGAACAAUCUUAUUGGGCAAAUACCACGAUCUAAGCAGUUCUACACAUUUGAGAAUGAUUCAUAUAUGAGAAACUUGGGAUUGUGUGGACUUCCGUUGACGAGAAAAUGCAAUGAUGAGAAUGGGCCAACGAUAAACCACGCAAAUGAAAAAGGCAACAACCUAUGUUUUAUGCAAGAAGUUGGCAUAUCAAUGGCCUUUGGUUUUAUUUUCGGAUUCUGGGGAGUUAUUGGUUCUUUCAUACUAAAGAAAUCAUGGAGAUUUGCAUUCUUCAACUUCUUUGAUGCUGUUGGAGAUUGGCUCUACGUUAGGAGUCUUUUGCUUUUAUCCAAAUGGAGACGGACCUAAAAUAAGAGCCGCAACCUCAGCAUGAGCCGAGCAUGGAGCAGGGGACGACUCCGGCGGAACAGCAGAGCGCGGAGCAAGCGACGACCCCGGCGGAACUGCAGCCUCAGCAAGAGCCAGUCGUGGAGCAGAGAGGAGCGAGAGAGGAAGAAUCCAUUGCGAAGUUAAGGCCGACGAGGAACGUGAAGCCUCCGAGCCGAUUCGGCAACUUCGUUGCCCGAUAGUCUCUUUCCAUAUUUUCGUUCUUUUAUUUUUGGUAAUAGUCGACUUUAGUAUUUAUUUUUUUGGCAUAUUUUAUUAUUUAUUUUUGCAUUGAGUCGGGCGUAAUUAUAAGCUCCGUCGGGUUUUCUUGUUGGUUCUUUUCCGAUGUUUAGGAUUAGGUCGAACCAAACCUAGGGUCCGUAGUUUAUAAAUAGGGCUGUUAUGUUCACAACACAGAAUAAUAAGAAUAUUUUGGCCCUA